AGCCCGGGGCCGCUAUAUAACCGGGGCUGAUGCAACCCACCCCGCCGCCCGCCACAGCCUGCGGGAGGCGCGCAGCGGGGCGGCGGGGGGCGGCGGCGGGCCAAGGCGCCCCGGUGGCGGCCGGCACCGGCAUCAGCACCCGGCGGGGCCCGGGGCAGCGCCGCGCGGCGGAGGCGGCGGCAGGGCUGAGCCUGCAGUCCGCGCCCGGCCCCUGCGGCCGGGCCCCGCGGGCAUCCCGGCAGCCCGGUCCCCCUGCACGCCUACGAAGCUGUUUCCCCUGCUAUGAUGCCAGGGCAGAUCCCCGACCCGUCCUUGACGGCUGGCGCGCUGCCUGGGCUCGGCCCCUUGACAGGACUGUCUGGCACAGCCCUGACUACCGAGGAGCUGAAGUACGCAGACAUCCGCAACAUCGGGGCCAUGAUCGCACCGCUCCACUUCCUGGAGGUGAAGCUUGGGAAAAGACCCCAGCCUGUGAAAAGUGAGCUGGACGAGGAAGAGGAGAGGAGGAAAAGGCGUCGGGAGAAAAACAAAGUAGCGGCAGCGCGGUGUCGUAACAAGAAGAAGGAGAGGACGGAGUUCCUGCAGCGGGAGUCCGAGCGUCUGGAGCUCAUGAAUGCUGAGCUGAAGGCCCAGAUAGAAGAGCUGAAACAGGAGAGGCAGCAGCUGAUCCUGAUGCUGAACCGGCACCGUCCCACCUGCAUCGUGCGGACAGACAGCAUCAAGACACCCGAGAGCGAAGCCAACCCGCUGCUGGAGCAGCUAGAGAAGAAGUGAAGCUGGCACCGGGCCAGGAGGAGGAGACAGUGGCGCAGGGUCUUCCAGGGUCUCUAAUGUAUGUACUGUAUGAAGAACUGUGCACCCAGGCCUGGUGCAGCCAGGACCCAGUGGGCUUCCUUGGGAACUAUGGACCAAACAAAUAUGGGGACAGAGAAGAUAGGAACCUGUCAACCAUGUACUCCGAGGCUGAAUCCAGGAGCAGGGCUAGCGGUGCCGGUGAGGGCAACCUCCCUGUGAUACCUCAUCACGGCCCUUCAGCCUGCUCACGGCCCCAGGGACCCACGCCGCCGCAGCACAUCCCGCUAGGACCGCGUGCCCUGUGGGGAACAGGGGCUGCAGGCGAAGGACCGGCGGCCAUGCGGUGCCCGCCGGCGCCCUGCCCAGAGGCUGCCACCGCUCCUGGCGCAUGCUCCGGAGGGAAACGCGAACCCACGAACCACAAACACUUGAUGCAGCCCCGUCUGGUGGGCAGGCCUGUCGGGGCUCGGUGGCGCAGGCGCCCCCCACAAGCACACUCUCAGUAUAAUGUUUACAGCCCAGCUGUCCGUGUCGGCCGUGCUUUUGAAUGCACAUUUUUACACUUUUUUUAAAGUAUUUUUUACAAAGUUUUUAUACAGCGAUCUCUAUAUGGAUUUAUAUAAUCACUAGAUGUGAUCCCAUAGAAAUGUAUGUUAUGAUGGUCUGUUUGUUACAAAUGCAUAUGCCACAGUUAUCUCCAUUGUGUUACUUGUCCGGUAGCAUCCGGCUCCUUCCCCGGCAUGCUGGGAAGGGAGUCCAAGCUGCCCUCCGCAGUGGUGUCGCUACCCUUUCCAUCCAUGUAUGUCCUCAUAAUACUCAGUUCUGUAUCUCUCAGUAAAUGUUACCUUUACGUACACCGUCCUCCUGUGUUCU